GCUGCUCCUGCUCCCGAGCCAGAGUGGAGAGUCCCCUCACCCUGCUGCACAUGCAGAGACAAAAGGCCUCAUUUGACUGCUGAACACUGCCCCCUUUCGCCAUCCACUACUUCACGCCUCAGCUGUGGAGGUGGCAUUGGUGCUGAUUUUGAUGGCGUUUGUGACAAAACGAGGCCUCCACCGAGACUGAUAACUACUCCAGUGAAGAACAGAAGGAACAAGGGGCGGUGGAGGUGGGGAAGGAGGAAGGAGGAAAGAGGCUGGAACAGUGGGCUGUUAAAAGCAAGCGCUGAGGCCUCUACAGGAAAAAAAAAAAUUCUCCUUGAUAUUUCUCAGAGUGGAAAAUAAAUCUGACAAGGGUAUGCUUCGUUUACCUAUAUAUGCAUGAGUGCAUGCUCACCUUCAUCUGUGUCUUUGUGGGGGUGUAAGUUGGUUGGGGGGCAGAAGGAGGGAAUCUGAGGGAAUGAAAGUGCGUCUUUUUGAUUGUUGCCUGUGUGUUACGUUGCUUGCCUUCACACCACAUUGAUCAAUCUAGUGCUGCUGACAGAUAUUUAAAGCAUUUGAGUAUUUUUGUAGUUGAUGUUAAAGCACAGAGAGCUUGCUGUAAGAAACCGACCAGACGGAGACCAUCAUGAUAAGUCAAACAAAGGAGUUGUUUCAUAAUAUUAAAUGAAUUUUCACAUUGAAUCCUGUUAAAUCAAAUGAUCUGAAUUAAUUCUGGCCUGGUCUGAUCUUUUAGCCCCUCGCCAUUUCAUACAUUCGUAGUUUUGGUUGUUUUGUUCCUGAAAAUUUUGGGUGUGAGAUUUAGCUGGAUGUUUCAAACUAACAAUCUAUCGACUACCCAACAUUGUGAUAUUGUGUACCCACGCAGACAACUGAUUUAAAUUAAUGUUCCACAAUCUACCUGUAGCCCACUUUACUUACUGUACAUGACUCAGUUACCAGCAGUAGGUUGGUCAUAGACCCACUUGAGCCCAAUGUUUUGGCUCAAUUAGGCGUCAUAACUUCUCAUAAGUUAACUGAUUUAGCUCCUGGUCAACUUAUGCUAAUUCAUCCCUAUUCCAUACCAACAAGUUGCAAUGUUGCCCUUUCCUUUCUUUCAUUUUGUACCUCGCACGUGUGCCUAAAUAUUUUGGGUAGUAAAUGGAGUCACUGGACAUUUCUUAUCAACCAUCUAUCAAUUUUUAUCGGACUGGGGAAUGUCUUGCACCCACAAUGACAACCAGUUUAAUUGAUUUUCUAAAAUCUAUCCAUGUAACAACAUGUAUUUCUUGUCAGAAGGUCACUCACACUUAUUUUGGUUUGAUUAGAGGUCAUAAUUUCUUAACUCAUCUAAUUGUCCCAAUGUCAUAUACACAUUACAAUUUCAUAACCAUGUAUCUAAGCAGCUGAAUUUCUCGAUUUUUCACCCAGUGCUUUAUAAACAUAAGUAUGUAUGGCCUUUACAGAUAAAUGAAAGUAGGAAGGGACAAAUUGGAAAUUACACAGCUAAAAAAAUUGGGGGUGCAAAUUGACUGCUUAUCUUUUUUUUUUUCCCUCUGACAUUUUUGUAUGUUUAUGGCUCUGAAAAUGAGUCACCUCCCUUGUUAUGUUUCUAGCUUAAAACAAUCUUGAUGACGAAACGUGUCUAUAAAGAAAGAAAACGUCGCAGUGCUUCCUGGGAGGUGGGCACAGCCUCUUCCUGUGCAUUUUUGAGGCCGUGCUGCAGCAACCCAAGGCUUUAUGUCGAGUGACCAGAACCAGCUGAAACCGGUUUGAGGCAGACUGAGGGCUGAUGGGAACAAUGCCGUCUCUAUGCUACACGGGGACACAGAUAACCCAGACUGCUCCACGGCAGCCCCUCACAGCUCAGCCGCUGGUGGCUAACAGGGCUCCCCUGCCUGCUCUUUGCCUGCUGAGUGUUGGGAGUGCAGAGCUGCACGGUUCACGAGGGGAGAAAGGAGAUUUGGGAAGGGACGAGGGCAGGGGGACGGGGCUGGCUAUGAGUCUGUGAAUCUGCUGCUGGGAGCCCUGCCUCACACAUUCACACACACACACUCAACACAGGAGCAUGAUCUAUGUGUCUGUUUAUAUGUCUUAGUGCUGCUUGUGGUGCAGAGAAUGACCGAAGACGAUCCAUAUCAGGACCACCAGCACUCACCAGAUGCCUGGAUGUAACCUGACCUUGUAUUCUGGGCCUUUGCCUGUUUGGGAAGAUAUUUUUUUUUUCCCAGACAGGGUGGGGUGGAUGCCUCCUGUGGGUUAGCUGUGUUGUGACUCUGUUUGUUGCAGGAUGGAAGGCAGCAAGGAAAGAAGGUUUGGCUAAGUGGCUGGACUGAGCGAAGACAAGAGGGUGACCUAAUCAUCAGAACAAGGGAAGGAACAUGGGAGAUAUGAAGACGCCUGACUUUGAUGACCUACUGGCAGCCUUUAACAUCCCUGACAUGGUGGAUCCUAAAGCUGCCAUUGAAUCUGGUCACCAAGAUGAGCAAGAUGGACAACUCAAGCAACAGAGUAAUCGGGGGAUUGACUGUGAAGAUGAGUCUCACAACUCCUGCAGCGAACAUGAUGCUGGUGUUAGUGUAAUUGUAAAAAACAUUUGCAGCACAGACACAAGUGAAUAUGUUGGAACCAAAUUUGAAAAAGACAAGUAUUUUAACUCUCAUUCCCAAGCAAGUGCUGUUGGCAAUGGACUAUCUAAUGGCUGCUUAUCAACAGCACCACCAGCUGCUCAACACACUAAGGAAGGAUUGAAAGUUCCCAGAGAUGAUGGAUAUAAAUUCAAUCCUCAAUCUCCUACUUUCACUCAGUUCAGUCCAAUAUCUAGUGCUGAAGAGUUUGAUGAUGAGGACAAAAUUGAGGUAGUUGACACAACUGGCGCACAGAAAAGCCAAGUCUUCUUUACUUCCAUUGCUAAAACAGAGGACCAGAUUUCAAAGAUUGACAACAAAUCAGGUCAAAACAAGAAUCAGAGUCAAAGGAGAUUUUCUUACAGUCCAUCUCAAUUACCUUUGCCAGAAAAAACCCGGAAAGACAAUUAUUUCAAACCUCAAAAUCAAGCCUCCAUGGAUGCUAUAAAGUCACCUGAGCUAGUUGAUGUGCUAAGUAUCCCACAAGUCAAAGACCAGUCCCCCACAAAACUGUAUUCUUGUAUAGCAGCUAUUGCAUCACUAAGUGGGAAAACAUCUGAAUUUGAUGUGUUGGACUCUAUACCAGCACAGAAAGAGCCUAAACCAUCUAAGGAAAAUCUCAGAGCAAUAGACAGACUACAGGAGCAAGAGUCAGACAUUGACUUGACAAAGAACCUUCUUACCAGAGAACCAGAAAGCCCCUCUGGUGUCAUCAGUGAGGGCAGCAGCAAAGGUUCCCCUGCUUCUAACAUAGACACCACUCCAGUCAUUCCAAAGGUUAGAAUUAAAACAAUUAAGACCUCUUCUGGACAGAUUAAGCGUACUGUCAGUAGAGUCCUUCCGGAAUUUGAAACUGAAAGCUUGAAGAAUGAAGACAAUAGUCCAUGUCUUAUGACAACUACCAGUACAAUUUUUACAUCACCAACAAGGUGCUCUUUGCCAUCGACCGUGGUAGCAACUAGCGGGUGCCCAUCAAUUGAAAUCACGAAACAAAUGACUAUUAAGCCUGUGGCGACAGCUUUCCUGCCAGUAUCCGCAGUCAAAACAGCUGGUUCACAAGUUAUUAACCUUAAGCUGGCUAACAACACUACUGUCAAAGCAACAGUUAUCCCUGCCGCAUCUGUGCAAAGUGCCAGCAGUGCUAUCCUGAAAGCCGCAAAUGCUAUCCAGCAACAAACAGUCAUGGUACCUGCCUCCAGUUUGGCCAAUGCUAAACUUGUGCCAAAGACAGUGCAUCUUAGUAACCUCAGUAUUCUUCCUCAGUCAGUAUCAUCUGUUGCCUGUGAUCUUCAGCAGGUCUUAUGCUCCUCGGAACUUUCUCAAAAGCAACGAUCACAACAAAGUAAACAGACUGGUGUCACUGGCCAAGCUUCCAAAAAGGUCUCUCGGGUUCAGGUGUUCACAAGCUCUCCAGGCUCUGUAGUAGAUGCUUUCAAUAAAGUCCUAAGUAGCCUGAACCCUCUUCCUGUGUAUGUCCCAAACCUCUCUCCACCAACCUCAGCCUGUAUUUCAUUACCCUCCCGGGGCUACAAAUGCCUGGAGUGUGGAGACUCGUUUGCUCUUGAAAAGAGCCUGACGCACCACUAUGAACGCCGGAGUGUGCGAAUCGAAGUCACCUGCAACCACUGUGCCAAAAGUUUGGUUUUCUACAACAAAUGUAGCCUUUUAUCUCAUGCAAGAGGUCACAAGGACAAAGGGGUGGUCAUGCAGUGCUCACAUCUAAUCCUCAAACCCAUUCCUGCAGAUCAGAUGAUUAGUUCAUCAAAUUUGCCAGUGGCCCCUUGUAUCACUAUAAACACCCCCACAUCUCAAGCACAGGCACCUGCAAGUCAAACACAAGCUAAGAUUGCUGGUAGUAACCAGACUACAGUGAUAUCAGCUCCUUGCAGCACUCCCCUUAUGGCAGCCAUGCCUUUGGAGGAUGAUGCAUCAAAGCUUGGUCGGCACAACUUGAAAUGUUUGGAGUGCAAUGAAAUAUUCCAGGAUGACAGUUCACUGGCCAUGCACUAUCAACAAGCACCAGAAUCCAACAGUCAGAAAACAUGCACAGUUUGCCAGAUGCUUCUUCCAAAUCAAUGCAGCUUUCUGUCACACCAACGAAUCCAUCAGCACAAGUCCCCUUAUAUUUGUCCAGAGUGUGGUGCCAGUUGUCGCUCUGUUCACUUUCAGUCCCACGUCACCAAGAACUGCCUGCACUACACUCGCAGAAUCGGCUAUCGCUGUGUUCACUGUAGCAUGAUCUUUGUUGAUGUUACAACUCUCAAGUCUCACAUCCAGAACAUGCACUGUGAGGUCUUCUACAAAUGUCCACUCUGCCCCAUGGCUUUCAAGUCUGCACCAGGAACUCACUCCCAUGCAUACACACAGCAUCCAGGGGCCAAGGCAGGCGAGCCCAAGGUGAUACAUAAAUGCUCCAUGUGUGACACAGUGUUCACUCUCCAGUCCUUGCUCAGCUCACAUUUUGAGCAGCAUAUGUCCAAUUUUAAAGUUUCCGUCUUUAAAUGUCCCGACUGUUCCAUGCACUAUGCACAGAAGCAGCUGAUGCUGGACCACAUUAAGGCCAUCCAUGGAACCCUGAAGACCAUAGAGGGUCCACCAAACCUGGGGAUCAACCUUCCACUUAGCGCCAAGCCCACCAAUUCCAAUAGCGCCAACAGCAACAUCCCUAAAAAUAACAACAAAAAUGGAGAAAAUGUCUUUUGUCAAGACAAGGGAGAAAAGAAGCCUUCAUCAUCGCCACUGAAGACAACCAAUAGCAACUGUGCAGCAGACCUAAAGAGCCCUGUCAGCUCAGGAUACACAUGUGGAGAAUGCAACGCCUCCCUCAGGUCCAGGGAGCUGUUUGUCACACACAUGAAGCGUGAACACGGCAAGAUACUGAAGAAGCAUCCAUGUCAACAGUGUGAUAAGUCUUUCAGCUCCACCCACAGUCUUUGCCGACACAACCGUCUAAAACAUAAAGGACUACGAAAGGUCUACGCCUGCCCACACUGCCCUGCUCUAAGUCAGCCCUUCACAAAAAGAGUGCUGCUGGACCAGCACAUUCAGAUGAUUCACGGAGGUAAACACCCAGCAGGACGGACUGAAAAUGUUGAGACACCACCUGACAAGCAAAUGAACCGAAGCCCCAAAAGAAAUCCAGAUGAAGAUGAGGGGUCUCCAGGCUUGAACUCCAGGGGUUCCGACUCACAACCACUGAAGAGACUAAAAGUGAACAUUCUCAAAAAUCACAAAUGUGCCGUCUGUGGCUUCACCACUGAGGAUAUUGCUGCUUUCCACAAGCACAUUCCCCAGCACAAGUCUGAUGGCUCAUCCCACCAAUGUCAGGAGUGUGGACUCUGCUACACCUCCCCCCGCUCGCUGGCUCGACACCUCUUCAUCGUCCAUCGGCUAAAGGAGCUCAAGAGUCUCGGUAGAUAUAAUGGGAGAGACCGGGAAGAUGAAGAGAGUCAACGGGAAAACCAAUUGGAUGUUGUAGAUGAGAACAAUGACGGGACGCCGAGUACCAAAUGUAAGGUGUGUGGGAAUACGUUUGAGACUGAAGGACAUUUGAAAACUCACAUGAGGACACAUGGGAUGGCAUUCAUAAGGUCAAAGACCCUUAGCGCUGCUCAAAAGUGAGAGAAGGUGAAUUAUAACCAUUCCAUAAGUUUCUUAAACCUGUGGUACCUCCUAUAGAUGUGGUUAUCCUGUAAAUACAUGAUGUUGUAGUGUACAACUUUAUGUAAACAGUAGAAUAUACACGCAAGAAAAUGUAAUACACAUCAAAGUCUCCAUUUGUGUCUUUCAGCAAAAAUAUCAGGAACGUUUUUGUACAGACAGAGAAUUUUCAAAAGACUUUGAGUAAAUUUGUUAAGAUGACCUGAUUAUUUCCAAAGUAUUCUUUUCACUACGACAAAACAAUGUAUAAAACCACUAUUAUAAUCUGCAUUUGAUUAGCAGUCUAAUUUUUAGUGCUUCUGAUAUUCAACGAAAGUCUGGCAGAAAAAAAAAUUAAACUACAGGUAUAGGUAUUUCCUUUGUUGAGGACCUACAUUUCAGAAUAUACUCUGAAACUGCAAUUACAACAAAUUAACUACCUUUUUUUCCUUAUUGCCAUGAAAAGAAAAUGCAGCUGUGCAUCUAUAAUUUGCCUAAAAAUGCUAGAUGCCAAAACAAUUUAAUCCACUUUGAGCUUUCAGAAGAUUUCUGGCCUAUUAAAAACAAACUGCAUCCAACAAAUGUCAAACAAAGUCUGAUGAAUAGAAAAAUGAACAAUGAUUUCAAAACUUAAAUCAUUAAAGUAAAGGUCAAAUAAAAAUUAUUGAGUAUCUCAAAUAAUAAUAUGUUUUUUCCUAAUAAUCCUCAGUCAAAUUCAAGAACAAUUGUAAAAUUUGUUCUCGUCAUGGCAGCUCUCUGAGGUAAAUAUAUUUUUUCCAAAGUACUUAAAACAUAAAAUAUUAAGCGCUUGACUUUCAGUCUUUCCAGAUUGUUAGUGUCAAUUUGUCUUUAGAGCACAGUGGAAAGACUGACAUAUCCAUAGUAAUAUUUAACUGAUUCUUAGAUACUUUUUUUUUUCUUUAUAAUAACUUUUCUAUAUUUUAAAUUGUAGGCCAAUGUUGGAAUUAUGAUGAAUGUGCGCUGCCUUGAAUCUUGCUGAAAAUGAAUGUAACCUAGGCAGUGAAGCUGAAAUAUUGAUAGCACAUAGCAAGUUAAUAAAACAUUAUCUCAAUAGUGUUUUAAUUACUUUUUUGUUCUUGUCAAAAAAAGAGAACCUCUUUGUUCCUAUUUGUCAGCAGCCUCUUUCAUGGAACAAGUCACAAAGUCGAGCCUGUAUUUAAACUGCCUCUGGUUGUAAUGGCUUAUCAAUACAUAAUCAUCAGCUUACAUAAAUCAGCCUAGUUUAAUAGUUAACUUGACAGGGUCAAUAAUGGUCAUUGGACAUAACAGAUGCUUCAAACUGGUAUCAAGCUACAUAUUCAUAACAGAACCAUUCGAGACCAAGCUCUAGAAACUCCCAAAUAAUUUCACAAUUCUGUUGAGGCUGUGUCACUUUUGCCUGGGACAGUUACAACGCUGUGGAAAAAAUGUUUGCCAACUUUAAGUUUCUUUAGUUUUUCCUGUUUUGUUUGUUUUUUUUUAAUCACAGACGUUUCAUAUUGUCAACCACAUUUUAUUAUUGGAUAUAAAAAAAAUAACUUAAUGAGCCACUUUGAGUUGCAGCUAAUGGUGUGCUUCUUUGUGGCAAGAUGGCUAUAUUUUGAAGCAACAUAACUGACCCAGACCACUACACCACCAUUGAAUUUCUAGGCAUGAUGUUCUUUUUCUGAAAUGAAAAAUGUACGCUCUUAACACCAUGUUUAGACUAGUCCAUGUUUCAUAAAUAAGAUGAUGAAAUAGCCCUCGUCUCUACUCUUCGUUAUGUUUGUUAUGAGAACCUCUUUCUGAUUCACCAAAUUGAUUACACUGUAAUUGCCAUUUACUUCAACUAACAUACUGGCCGUUCAAAAGCAACCAUGAAAAUUUGCUUCAAAUAAAAACUAGUCUCUUUUUAAAAGGAAUAAAAUGAAAUCUUUAAGUGUCUUCUCAGCUUUUGACACAACUCCAUCCACAGUCUGAUAAGAAUCUUAAUACUUUGCACUGUAAAGCUGCAUGUGAGAAGCAGUCUGUGAAUUGUGUGAUAAUUAUUAUGUGUCUUACUGCUGCUUCUGCCAUUUUUAAAAAAAUUCUGAUGCUUGUGUGCAAGAUUAUUUUUUAUGUCAAUAAACAGAGAAAAAUGCCAGAAGUGACCCAAUCAUAAAUGCAUAUUAAACAUCAGCUGUUCUCUGAAAAAAUA